GUCAUAUACCUUUUUAUACUCAUACAGAUCAACACUACAACUUUUAUUCCAAGGGAAACCCGUUUUUAUCAAUUAUUUGCCAGAACUUUGAUCCAUUGCGUAAACUGUGUCAUUUCCUAGUUCUUCCUUCAAUUUAAGGCGCAGAUCUUUUUUGGUGAAAUUUUCAUAUAUUAAAAUCUUUAAUUUAGAUAUCCGCGUGUCCGUAAGUAUAUAUGAAAGGUGUAUGAAAAAGUGCGCAUGGAAUCCCUGCUAAGCUGAGUUAAGGUCGUGGCAACAAAAGCAACUAUUCUAAAAUUAGCUACAUUAUGACACACGACACUAUUCAUCUAUCUAAACACUUGAAUCCCUACAAGACGAGACGAGUGAAGAGAAAAUCUGGGGCAAAAUGUGGACUCAGUGCUAUAUUUAUGUUAGCCUUGAUCACGACAAUGGCACCGACUCGGGCACAACAGAUAGACUGGGACGAAGAUUUUCCCAGCACCCACGUGACCUUGGUCCAAUCACACUUCCCCAAUACCAUCUAUUCCAAUUAUGAAUCGGAUAUUCCGUAUACCACAGAGAGGAUCUAUUCAAAUCCGAUCACAAACACGCUGGAUGACGUAAGUCAAUUUCUGAAUGAUUUCACAGCUUCCGAUAGGUCAAUACCGCCUGGCUACAUUGUGAUCAAUGGCGACUCACUGGCCUUGGGGCCAAAGGUGGAGCAAAAUCAGUGGAAGGAUCUUCUGGCUGAAUAUUGGCUUUUGCUGCUUUGGGUGAUAUUUCUAGUAGCACUCAUCAUACUCAUGCCCUGCAUAGGCGUUUGCUAUUUCUGCUUCUGUUGUUGGCGACGUUGUGCACCGGGUUGCCCCACUUGCGAUAUCAAACCAGAUAGUCGUAUGAGAAUCGGCUGUGGCAUUUUCCUCGCUCUACUGCUAUUAGGACUCUUCAUUUGUCUGCUGUUUGCUUUUUUUGCAAACAAUUCUAUGGAACGUGGCUUCGAGUAUACGCAGCAGACCAUGCAACGCGGCAGCGACGAUACUUGUCGCUUUCUACAGGAUUGUGGGCAACACCUUCAACAUUUACUCGUCAAGAACUAUCAAGAGUUGCAAACAAAUAUUAAUGAUGUCUUAAAGAAUGCUGACACGCACAUCUUACUGGAUCUAAUGGAUACCUCUCAGGCCAAUGCAUUGUUCGACUUAGAGCGCAUCUUUACCAAUAUGAAAAAGGCUCUGGCCGAUUUCAAGAUUGUCAAAAAGUUGCAGGACGAACUGCUUUUCUAUGGCGCCCAGCUGCGAGAUGGUAUUCGCGGUGUUAAGCGUGAAAUCACUCACGCCACUACAACUCUCUGUGGCAGUCGCACUUGCUUGCAGUUUUUGAAAACAACGGAAAUCGAGAUGCUGGACACGUCGAACUGUCUGCACUUUGAUGACCUGCCGAAUGUGGACGACUAUGUGAUUGCAGCAGAAGAAAUAGCUAAUAACACGCUCGAAAUCAUCAACAAUGCUCUCAAGAGAAUCGAACCUUUAGGAGAAGCAAUCAAGGCAGCCAUUGAGCCUAUCGUGCCGCCUAUAUUGACCGAUCUGCAGGCUGGAGAAAUGCUAUUCAAGGAUGAGAUGAACUUCAUGGUUAAAUCAAUUGAUGCGGUCAUCAACAGCAUACAUUUCAGUACUCUAAGAUCGACCAAGUCUCUCGAAGAUGUCAACGACAAAUUUGGCUCCAUACGCAAUAUCGUUAAUGCCAUUGUGCUCGCGAUCCUGACGAUCAUUGUUGCUGUGCUCCUGGUUGCCUUGUUCUUCGGAUUCUGUACGCCUGUACGGAUGUCUGAUAAAGAUAGAAUCUGUAGCAAAAGAUCGGGUGCUGUGUGCCUCUUAUUUGCCAUUGCUCUGAUAUUCUCUGUAUUCUGGCUUACUGCGCUGGUUGGUCUGUUUUACUAUAUCUUCGGCACGGUGACCUAUCAAGGAGUCUGUGCUCCGUUACGCGAUCGAGAAAACAAUUCCCUAUUCAGUCAAAUAGAUCCGGAAAUUGAUCUCAACAAAUUCUUGUCGGAACACGUGAUUCAAAUGAAUGUCGAAAAGGCUGAAGAUUGGGAAGCACAUAGGAAAAUGGUAAUAGAAACGGAAAGGGCCAAAAUGAGGAGCGGUGGGAAUGUGAAAGUGAAAAGGCAAACUGUGCCACUUCGAAUGUCGACAGCAAUCAAGGCAUGCGAGGCCGAUGAGUCCAUCUUCGAACUGAUGCACCAAUACAACAUUUAUGAUAUAGAUGAGCUGAGUCGACUGCAGAUUCUGCAGGAGCACAAACUGCCGAAUGGAACAAUUUUCGACGCGAAUAUCACAGAAUUUGUGAUGCUAACGAAUGACGAACAGACGAAGUUGACAGAGAUACAAUACAGCAAUUUAACCGAUUAUCAUAGUUCGAUCUUUAUACAAUUUCUGUGUGAUAAAAUGACGCCCGUUCCAUUGCCCAAAGUCAUCCAAGAGAUCAAACAGCUAGAAGAGAGUCUAAAAAGUGAAUGGGGUCGUUAUGAUCUAGCUAAAGUCGCCUUGGCCAAUGCGGCUAACAAUCUGGAGAGAUAUCAUUAUCAACUCGUCGACAAGAUCAAAUCCACUAUGAACGAAAUUAAGCAGAAACUGAAGCAAAUUGAUAACCUAAUACUCUACGAAGGCUUACCAUUUGGCGAAUCAUUGCAAACUUUAGCCACAUCCAUAAAGAACUCACAAGAAUUCAUUAGAACUAAUGCUGAGAACUAUGUCGCAUAUCUGCGUACAAAUCUGACAACAUUUGUUGACACCGAAGCUUCCGACUAUACAGACAUGGUUUUGACCAAGGGCCAUAAUGAAGUCGGCAAAUGCAGGCCGCUUGCCUAUAUUUAUUACAAAGGCGUCGACUUGAUUUGCCGUCGUCUUGUGUAUCCCUUGAAUGGCUUCUGGGUGGGCUUGCUGCUCGCUGCUAUGCUGCUGUUGCCCAUUCUUUAUGUGGCCCAUCGAUUGAUCUGCCUAUACAACAAGAUCUAUCCGUUAACAAUGUUUCUGGGACCACCCAUUGUGUGUCGAGCCUGCGGUGGAGUCUCAGCUUUAGAUGCUGGUGCGAAUAACCCGGAGCUGAUCUGCGUCGUAGGCAAUGAAAUGGUUGAAAAUAUCGAUGAAUCUAAAGAUACAACAGUGGAGAUUGCAACUGAGCCAUCGUCUUCUUCGAUGACCUUAUGCAACAGCAGCAGCAGCACCAGCAGCAAGCACAAACAAGAAUAGACCCGAACCACAUUCACUCUACAGCGAAGGCAAAUUACACCGAUUAGCACUCAGUCUACCGUA